GAGUGGGCAGCCAGGACCAGAGCUGCGUCUGGCCAGGCGGGCAGUGGGCGCGGCAGACUUGGGGCCAUGGUGAUUCUUCAGCAGGGGGACUAUGUGUGGAUGGACCUGCGAUCCGGGCAGGAGUUCGAUGUGCCCAUCGGGGCGGUGGUGAAGCUCUGCGAUUCUGGGCAGAUCCAGGUGGUGGACGAUGAAGGCAACGAGCACUGGAUCUCCCCACAGAACGCCACGCACAUCAAGCCCAUGCACCCCACCUCGGUGCACGGAGUCGAGGACAUGAUCCGCCUGGGGGACCUCAACGAGGCGGGCAUCCUGCGCAACUUGCUCAUCCGCUAUCGCGACCACCUCAUCUAUACCUACACGGGCUCCAUCCUGGUGGCCGUGAACCCCUACCAGCUGCUGCCCAUCUACUCGCCCGAGCACAUCCGCCAGUACACCAACAAGAAGAUCGGGGAGAUGCCCCCCCACAUCUUCGCCAUCGCCGACAACUGCUACUUCAACAUGAAGCGCAACAGCCGAGACCAGUGCUGCAUCAUCAGUGGGGAGUCCGGGGCAGGGAAGACGGAGAGCACGAAGCUGAUCUUGCAGUUCCUGGCGGCCAUCAGUGGCCAGCACUCCUGGAUCGAGCAGCAGGUGCUGGAGGCCACGCCCAUCCUGGAAGCAUUUGGGAACGCCAAGACUAUCCGUAAUGACAACUCUAGCCGCUUUGGGAAGUACAUCGACAUCCACUUCAACAAGCGAGGUGCCAUCGAGGGUGCCAGGAUAGAGCAGUACCUGCUGGAGAAGUCUCGAGUGUGCCGCCAGGCCCCGGAUGAAAGGAACUACCACGUGUUCUACUGCAUGCUGGCGGGCAUGGGUGAGGACCAGAAGAAGAAGCUGGGCCUGGGCCAGGCCUCCGACUACAACUAUCUGGCCAUGGGCAACUGCAUAACCUGCGAGGGCCGGGAGGACAGCCAGGAGUACGCCAACAUCCGCUCCGCCAUGAAGGUGCUGAUGUUCACCGACACCGAGAACUGGGAGAUCUCCAAGCUUCUGGCCGCCAUCCUGCACAUGGGCAACCUGCAGUACGAGGCCCGCACGUUUGAAAACUUGGAUGCCUGUGAGGUCCUCUUCUCCCCGUCGCUGGCCACAGCCGCAUCUCUACUGGAGGGGUCAGUGAGCCCCCCAGACCUGAUGAGCUGCCUGACUAGCCGCACCCUCAUCACCCGUGGGGAGACCGUGUCUACCCCGCUCAGCAGGGAGCAGGCGCUGGAUGUGCGGGAUGCCUUCGUAAAGGGCAUCUACGGGCGACUCUUCGUGUGGAUCGUGGACAAGAUCAACGCAGCCAUUUACAAGCCUCCCUCCCAGGAGGUGAAGAACUCUCGCCGGUCCAUUGGCCUCCUGGACAUCUUUGGGUUCGAGAACUUUGCUGUGAACAGCUUCGAGCAGCUCUGCAUCAACUUCGCCAACGAGCACCUGCAGCAGUUCUUCGUGCGACACGUGUUCAAGCUGGAGCAGGAGGAGUACGACUUGGAGAGCAUCGACUGGCUGCACAUCGAGUUCACCGACAACCAGGACGCCCUGGACAUGAUCGCCGGCCGGCCCAUGAACAUCAUCUCCCUCAUCGACGAGGAGAGCAAGUUCCCCAAGGGCACGGACACCACCAUGCUGCACAAGCUGAACUCCCAGCACAAGCUCAACGCCAACUACGUUCCCCCCAAGAACAACCACGAGACCCAGUUUGGGAUCAACCACUUCGCGGGCGUUGUCUACUAUGAGACCCAAGGUUUCCUGGAGAAGAACCGGGACACGCUGCAUGGGGACAUCAUCCAGCUGGUCCACUCCUCCCGGAACAAGUUCAUCAAGCAGAUCUUCCAGGCCGACGUCGCCAUGGGACAAGAGACCAGGAAGCGCUCGCCCACACUCAUCAGCCAGUUCAAGCGGUCGCUGGAGCUGCUGAUGCGCACACUGGGAGCCUGCCAGCCCUUCUUCGUGCGCUGCAUCAAGCCCAAUGAGUUCAAGAAGCCCAUGCUGUUCGACCGGCACCUGUGCGUGCGCCAGCUGCGGUACUCGGGGAUGAUGGAGACCAUCCGGAUCCGCCGGGCUGGCUACCCGAUCCGCUACAGCUUCGUGGAAUUCGUGGAGAGGUACCGGGUGCUGCUGCCCGGUGUGAAGCCAGCCUACAAGCAGGACGACCUCCGUGGGACGUGCCAGCGCAUGGCUGAGGCUGUGCUGGGCACCCACGACGACUGGCAGAUCGGCAAAACCAAGAUCUUCCUGAAGGACCACCAUGACAUGCUGCUGGAGGUGGAGCGGGACAAGGCCAUCACCGACAGGGUCAUCCUGCUGCAGAAGGUCAUCCGCGGCUUCAAGGACAGGUCCAACUUCCUGAAGCUCAAGGACGCGGCCACGCUGAUCCAGAGGCACUGGCGAGGCCACCGCUGCAGGAAGAACUACGGGCUGAUGCGGCUGGGCUUCCUGCGCCUGCAGGCCCUGCACCGCUCCCGGAAGCUGCACCUGCAGUACCGCCUGGCCCGCCGGCGUAUCAUUGAGUUCCAGGCGCGCUGCCGUGCCUACCUGGUGCGCAAGGCCUUCCGCCACCGCCUCUGGGCAGUGCUCACCGUGCAGGCCUACGCCCGGGGCAUGAUCGCCCGCAGGCUGCACCGGCGCCUCCGGGCCGAGUACCUGCGGCGUCUGGAGGCCGAGAAAAUGCGGCUGGCGGAGGAGGAGAAGCUCCGGAAGGAGAUGAGCGCCAAGAAGGCCAAGGAGGAGGCGGAGCGCAAGCACCAGGAGCGCCUGGCGCAGCUGGCCCGGGAGGACGCAGAGCGGGAGCUGACGGAGAAGGAGGAGGCCCGGCGGAAGAAGGAGCUGCUGGAGCAGAUGGAGAGGGCCCGCCACGAGCCCGUCAACCACUCGGACAUGGUGGACAAGAUGUUCGGCUUCCUGGGGACUUCUGGCGGCCUGCCAGGCCAGGAGGGCCAGGCACCUAGCGGCUUUGAGGACCUGGAGGGAGGACGGCGGGAGAUGGAGGAGGAGGACCUGGACACAGCCCUGCCCCUGCCCGACGAGGACGAGGAGGACCUCUCCGAGUACAAGUUCGCCAAGUUCGCGGCCACCUACUUCCAGGGCACCACCUCGCACUCCUAUACCCGGCGGCCGCUCAAGCAGCCCCUGCUCUACCAUGACGAUGAGGGCGACCAGCUGGCGGCCCUGGCAGUCUGGAUCACCAUCCUGCGGUUCAUGGGGGACCUCCCUGAGCCCAAGUACCACACGGCCAUGAGCGACGGCAGUGAGAAGAUCCCCGUGAUGACCAAGAUCUACGAGACCCUGGGCAAGAAGACCUACAAGAGGGAGCUGCAGGCCCUGCAGGGCGAGGGCGAGGCCCAGGUCUCCCAGGGGCAGAAGAGCAGCAUGAGGCAUAAGCUGGUGCACUUGACCCUGAAGAAGAAGUCGAAACUCACAGAGGAGGUGACCAAGAGGCUGCAGGAUGGGGAGCCCACGGCACAGGGCAACAGCAUGCUGGAGGACCGGCCCACGUCCAACCUCGAGAAGCUGCACUUCAUCAUCGGCAACGGCAUCCUGCGGCCCACGCUGCGGGACGAGAUCUACUGCCAGAUCAGCAAGCAGCUCACCCACAACCCGUCCAAGAGCAGCCACGCGCGGGGCUGGAUCCUCGUGGCCCUGUGUGUGGGCUGCUUCGCCCCCUCCGACAAGUUCGUUAAGUACCUGCGCAACUUCAUCCACGGCGGGCCGCCCGGCUACGCCCCCUACUGUGAGGAGCGGCUGAGAAGGACCUUCGUGAACGGGACACGGACUCAGCCACCCAGCUGGCUGGAGCUGCAAGCCACCAAGUCCAAGAAGCCCAUCAUGUUGCCCGUGACGUUCAUGGACGGGACCACCAAGACCCUGCUGACAGACUCAGCCACCACGGCCAAGGAGCUCUGCAACGCGCUGGCGGACAAGAUCUCGCUCAGGGACCGCUUUGGGUUCUCUCUCUACAUCGCCCUGUUUGACAAGGUGUCCUCCCUGGGCAGCGGCAGUGACCACGUCAUGGACGCCAUCUCCCAGUGCGAGCAGUACGCCAAGGAGCAGGGUGCCCAGGAGCGCAAUGCCCCCUGGAGGCUCUUCUUCCGCAAAGAGGUCUUCACACCCUGGCACAACCCCUCGGAAGACAGCGUGGCCACCAACCUCAUCUACCAGCAGGUGGUGCGAGGGGUCAAGUUCGGGGAGUACCGGUGUGAGAAGGAGGACGACCUGGCCGAGCUGGCCUCCCAGCAGUACUUCGUGGACUACGGCUCCGAGAUGGUCCUGGAGCGCCUCCUGAACCUCGUGCCCACCUACAUCCCCGACCGCGAGAUCACCCCCCUGAGGACGCUGGAGAAGUGGGCCCAGCUGGCCAUUGCUGCCCACAAGAAGGGGAUUUAUGCCCAGAGGAGAACUGAUGCCCAGAAGGUCAAAGAAGAUGUGGUCAAUUACGCCCGCUUCAAGUGGCCCCUGCUCUUCUCCAGGUUUUACGAAGCCUACAGGUUCUCAGGCCCCACCCUCCCGAAGAACGACGUCAUCGUGGCGGUCAACUGGACGGGCGUCUACUUCGUGGACGAGCAGGAACAGGUGCUCCUGGAGCUGGCCUUUCCGGAGAUCACGGCUGUGUCCAGCAGCAGGGGAGCAAAACUGAAGGCCCCCAGCUUCACGCUGGCCACCAUCAAGGGGGACGAGUACACCUUCACGUCCAGCAAUGCCGAGGACAUCCGUGACCUGGUGGUCACCUUCCUUGAGGGGCUCCGGAAGAGGUCGAAGUACGUGGUGGCCUUGCAGGAUAACCCCAACCCUGCGGGCGAGGAGUCAGGCUUCCUCAGCUUUGCCAAGGGGGACCUCAUCGUCUUGGACCGCGACACGGGCGAGCAGGUCAUGACCUCGGGCUGGGCCAAUGGCAUCAAUGAGCGGACCAAGCAGCGCGGGGACUUCCCCACCGACUGUGUGUACGUCAUGCCCACGGCCACCAUGCCACCACGGGAGAUCGUGGCCCUGGUCACCAUGACCCCCGACCAGAGGCAGGACGUCGUUCGGCUCCUGCAGCUGCGAACGGCAGAGCCCGAGGUGCGCGCCAAGCCCUACACACUGGAGGAGUUCUCCUACGACUACUUCAGGCCCCCGCCCAAGCACACGCUGAGCCGCGUCAUGGUGUCCAAGGCCCGCGGCAAGGACCGGCUGUGGAGCCACACGCGGGAGCCACUCAAGCAGGGGCCGGUCCAGAAGCACCUGGGGCUCCCCACUCUGCACAGCCCUUCCUUGACACCCCCACCCAUGCUCAAGUACAUGGGCGACUACCCGUCCAAGAGGACGCGCUCUGUCAACGAGCUCACCGACCAGAUCUUCGAGGGCGCCCUGAAGGCCGAGCCUCUCAAGGACGAGGCCUACGCGCAGAUCCUGAAGCAGCUGACCGACAACCACAUCAGGUACAGCGAGGAGCGGGGCUGGGAGCUGCUGUGGCUCUGCACCGGCCUCUUCCCGCCCAGCAACGUCCUGCUGCCCCACGUGCAGCGCUUCCUGCAGUCACGAAGGCACUGCCCGCUCGCCCUGGACUGCCUGCAGCGGCUGCAGAAGGCCCUGAGAAACGGCUCUCGGAAGUGCCCUCCACACCUGGUGGAGGUAGAGGCCAUCCAGCACAAAACCACCCAGAUCUUCCACAAGGUCUACUUCCCGGACGACACGGAUGAGGCCUUCGAGGUGGAGUCCAGCACCAAGGCCAAGGACCUCUGCCAGAACAUCGCCUCCCGGCUACUGCUCAAGUCCUCCGAGGGGUUCAGCCUCUUCGUCAAGAUUGCAGACAAGGUCAUCAGCGUCCCUGAGAACGACUUCUUCUUUGACUUCGUCCGCCACCUGACAGACUGGGUAAAGAAAGCGCGGCCCACCAAGGACGGAACCGUGCCCUCGCUCACCUACCAGGUGUUCUUCAUGAAGAAGCUGUGGACCACCACGGUGCCAGGGAAGGACCCCAUGGCCGACUCCAUCUUCCACUACUACCAGGAGCUGCCCAAGUAUCUCCGAGGCUACCACAAGUGCACCCGGGAGGAGGUGCUGCAGCUGGGGGCGCUGAUCUACAGGGUCAAGUUUGAGGAGGACAAGUCCUACUUCCCUAGUAUCCCCAAGCUGCUUCGGGAACUAGUGCCUCAGGACCUCAUCCGGCAGAUCUCACCUGAUGACUGGAAGCGAUCCAUUGUUGCCUACUUCAACAAGCAUGCAGGGAAGUCCAAGGAGGAGGCCAAGCUGGCCUUCCUGAAGCUCAUCUUCAAGUGGCCCACCUUUGGCUCGGCCUUCUUUGAAGUAAAGCAAACCACAGAGCCCAACUUCCCUGAGAUCCUCUUAAUUGCCAUCAACAAGUAUGGAGUCAGCCUUAUCGACCCCAGAACCAAGGACAUCCUGACCACGCACCCCUUCACCAAGAUCUCCAAUUGGAGCAGCGGCAACACCUACUUCCACAUCACCAUCGGGAACCUGGUGCGCGGCAGCAAGCUGCUCUGCGAGACUUCGCUGGGUUACAAAAUGGAUGACCUCCUGACUUCCUACAUCAGCCAGAUGCUCGCAGCCGUGAGCAAGCAGCGGGGCUCCAGGAGCGGCAAGUGAACCGCUGGGACAAGACGCUGGCCCCGUGCCCACGCUGCUGGUGGCAGAUGGCUUACACGCUUCAGCCAGUCUGGGUCAGGGGACUGGGCCUCUGACCCCUCUUCUAGGGAAGCAGCCUCUCUGGGACGCAGACCUUCUGUCCACCUGCCCUCUGGCACCUGGGCUGGUUCCAGGCCUGGCUUGCUGGGGCCUUCCCAGCUGUAAGAGCCCAAGCUCCUUGGCGCCCUCCUGUCUCAGACCAGCCCUCCCCGUGACCUCCUCUGACUUUGUACUGUUGGGAUAGACGGAUCGAGGACAGUCUAGCACUCCUGCCGGGGCACAGCCAGCCCAACCAUGUACUGACCAGAACACUAUCCUACUGUUGAGGCUUAGAGCUAGCCCCCCAAGCCCAGGUCCCUCUGCUGGGGUGAGGGAGACAGACUGCUUUUCCAUUUUGCAGUGGGAGUGCCCACUCUGUUUUAUCCUCCGGCCCUACCCUGUCUUGGCUGAAGGUGGGAGUGUGGAAUUAGGAUAGGGCCCUGGAAGGGGGUGGCCUCCUGGGUCUGGGUCUGGGUCUGUACCUGCUGGGCCAAGCCAGUCUGGUUUGGUGGUUGGGGUGAUAGUGUGCUUGAACGUGGCUUAAAGGAACUAACGGGGAACAGGCAGGUUGGGAGGAAAUGCUGGACGUCGGCCAGCAGGUAGGAACCCAAGUGUAGGGACUCGUGGGUUGGGGAGUCCAGAGAGGGGGUCAGCUUCUCAGCCUUGACUGGGGAUGGUGGAGCCAGACUGCCCUUGCACCUUCCAGAAACAUCUCCAUGGUGCAUCAAGGCAAGUCCAAGAUCCCCACAGUGCUGCCACGAGUUAAAGCCUCACCUCUGGCGGGUGCCUAUACCGUACUGCUUUGUGACCAGGAUGGAACACCAGAUUUGACCAUGGUUCGGUUAGGUCUGGGGCAGGGGCUUUAGACAGGCGAGGCAUGAUCUGGGGGAGGGCCAUUCUGCUGGCUGUCAGCUGGGGUGAGUGCUUAGAGAAGUGACCAUGGAAAGGCCCCGUUUGGGGAGGCUGUCAUUUGCCCUCAAGGUCCCCCAGAGGCCAGGUCAGCAGAGCUGGGUCUGCUUGCCCCAUCACUCAAGUGUCUGGGUUACCCAUAGCUCUGUGGCCAACUGUCCCACAGGAAAGGCCUUUCCUGACUUUCCAAUGACCUGUGUGGAGGAGGCAAGGCUGACGUGUGUGAAUGGAGGCCCCUGACCAGACAGCCACACAUCAUUCUAGGAUGCCAGUUUCCCUGGCUCAGGAGGCACUCCUACCCCAGAAGUGUUUAUAGGGUGCAUGUCAGGCCAGGACAAAGCCGAGCCAGAGGGAAGGUGCCACAGAGGUCUUCACCCAUGCCACCCUGCAGGUGGGGAGGCCAAGGCCCAAAUGAGUGUGAUCCCAGACAGAGGAUUCCAGGUACUUGUUCUGAGCUCUGGAUUCCCCUCAAGACUGAAAGCUAUUGUGUGAGCAGGGGACUGUACCCAGUAUCCACUGGGAACCAGCAACUCUAGGUCUUAGGCAGCACCCCACUAUACCCUUAGCCAGAAAACAUGUGCAAUGAGAUCUUGGCUGGUUCGUGCCCAUGGCCUCUUACAUGCCCUGACCAGGGUGCCACCACUAUUGUACCUGUCCCUAUCUCCAUCAGCCUGGGUGAUCAUAGAGGGGACCAAAGAAAAGUUUACCUCUGGCUUCCCAAGAAGUUGCCUUUAUUUACAUGCAGUCCCUCCUCUGCAGGGAAUCUUGUGGAAGGGUCGGGAUGGGACAGACCCUGCACCACUCGGAGCAAUCAGCUCCAGUUCCCAGACCACGAGCAACCAUCUUCCUUUGUCCAUCCUCUGGAGAUGUACUUCUUAGAAAAGACUGACCAGAAUGCUUCCCCUGGGAGGCGCAGUGACCCUUCGUGACCACUGCCCACCACCACCUUAGGAAGUGAGAGGAAGGAAGGGUAAUAGAUGCCACUUUUCCCCAAGGACAUGCUAUAGGAGGAGGAUUCCGCCCUGGGGGCCAUCUCUGGGAGUUAAAGCUGGAAGGCCUCUUUGGUGAGCACUGUGGACCCUAGAGUCUUUGUAAUGGUGGGGGUUCAGUGUGGGGUGUUGUCUCCGGUGAGCCCCUGGGUGGGAACUCUGUGUUUGACAUUUCCCUUACGGAGUACUAGUGGUUUGAUACUCUUCUUGGCAUGCCCUGGUAGAAUCUUCCCUUUGGGGGUGAUCCUGGUUCGUCGUUGGGGGCUACUGUGAAAUAGAGUUUGAGUAUCUGAGGAGUCUUUUGAUCCAGGCUGACUGGAAAGUGACCAGGGUUCAAGGGUUUUCCAUGACUGUUUUAAGGACUAUCUCUGGGUGCUAGAAAAGACAAACAGGGAUUCCUUAAGUGUCACUACCCCAAUAUCUAUUUUGUUAGGUAAACUUGUGGUCAUCAUCUCUUAAAUGUUAGAGCUGCCUCCAGUCACUCAGGGGCAUUUGCUUAUCUAAGCUUCCACUCCCAAGAUUUUGUAAAAACUUACAGAUAGUCCUCUAGUUUUGCCUCAGUUUAAAAAAAAAAAAAAAA